AUGGGUAUUCAGUUGCCUCCUAACACCAAAUACGGCGAGGUAUCAUCGAGAUAUCUAUCUGUCUCAUUCCGUUCAUAUCUAUCUAUCUAUCUAUCUAUUUAUCUAUCUAUCUCAUUCCUUUCAUAUCUAUCUCAUUCCUUUCAUAUCUAUCUAUCUAUCUAUCUAUCUAUCUAUCUAUCUAUCUAUCUCAUUCCGUUCAUAUCUAUCUAUGUACCUAUCUAUCUAAUCUUAUUCUUUUAUUUAUCUAAUCCUGAUAUUUAUCUACCUAAUCUAUGUAUCUAUCUAUCUCAUUCCGUUCAUAUCUAUCUAUCUAUCUAUCUAUCUAUCUCAUUCCGUUCAUAUCUAUCUACUUAUCUAAUAUAUAUAUCUAUCUGUCUCAUUCCGUUCAUAUCUAUCUAUCUAUCUAUCUAUCUAUCUAUCUAUCUAUCUCAUUCCUUUCAUAUCUAUCUCAUUUCUUUCAUAUCUAUCUAUCUAUCUAUCUAUCUCAUUCCGUUCAUAUCUAUCUAUGUACCUAUCUAUCUAAUCUUAUUCUUUUAUUUAUCUAAUCCUGAUAUUUAUCUACCUAAUCUAUGUAUCUAUCUAUCUCAUUCCGUUCAUAUCUAUCUAUCUAUCUAUCUAUCUAUCUAUCUAUCUAUCUAUCUAUCUAUCUCAUUCCUUUCAUAUCUACCUAUUCGCAUUAUUUUAUCUAUUUAUGCAUCACAUUUAAGCGUUAUUUUUAGUGGAUACCCAUAUUUGAGUAGACGAUCCGCAUAUUUAUUAAACAGUAUAUUUCUUUAUUUUCAUCUACCGGCCUGA